ACUCCAAUCAAGAUGCGUAGCUAUCUCGCCCUGCCGCUGCUGCUGAUCGGCUGCAGCCUGGCGCUGGCACAAUAUCAAUAUUUGGCGCCGCAACAAACGCUCAAUCAGCAAUUUGGCGAUGUCGUGAAUCUAGUGGAACAGCCAAAGGAAACGAUGACUAAUGAAAGGGCUCGUCCAAAGCGGGGCAAACGUCUUACGGCAUGCACCACCAAGGCCAACUGCUUCUGCGGUACUCCGAAUGCCAAUCGUAUUGUGGGCGGCCAGCAAGUGCGCUUCAAUAAGUAUCCGUGGACCGCUCAGCUUGUCAAGGGUCGCCACUACCCGCGCCUAUUUUGCGGCGGUUCGCUGAUCAAUGAUCGCUAUGUGCUCACAGCAGGUCACUGUGUGCAUGGAAAUAAGGAUCAGAUCACAGUGCGCCUACUGCAAACGGAUAGAUCCUCUAGGGAUCCUGGCAUUGUGCGCAAGGUGGUGCAGAUCACACUUCACCCCAGCUACAAUCCCACAACCAUUGUCAAUGAUGUGGCACUUCUUCGCCUAGAGUCACCUGUUCCACUUACGGGCAACAUGCGUCCCGUUUGCUUGCCCGAUGUAAAUCACAACUUUGAUGGUAAAACGGCUACUGUGGCUGGUUGGGGCUUGGUCAAGGAGGGCGGCUCCACCAGCAACUAUCUGCAGGAGGUGAGUGUGCCAAUCAUCACCAACCAGCAGUGCCGCUCCACCCGCUACAAGAACAAGAUUGUCGAUGUGAUGCUAUGCGCCGGCUUGGUCAAAUCUGGUGGUAAGGACGCCUGCCAGGGCGACAGCGGCGGUCCACUGAUUGUUAACGAGGGACGCUUUAAGCUCGCGGGUGUUGUGUCUUUUGGCUAUGGCUGCGCACAGGCGAACGCGCCUGGUGUCUAUGCCAGAGUGAGCAAAUUCGUUGACUGGAUCAAGAAGAAUUCUGCCAGCGGCUGCUUCUGUCAAGAUUAGGCCCCUUCUCCUUAUCAUUCAUUCUCAGACUCCAUUCAC